AGCGUUCCUAGUUCCACCAAGGUAGUCGCUCUGUGAUGGAGGAAGGAAGGGGAAGAAUCUACCUUGAAGUUAGGCAUUGUGCUUGGAGUGAUUGGUGCAAUUGUGGCGAUAUUGGGUGUAUUGGGGCUGUUGAUUAUUGUUAUUUACAGAAGGCUACAGAGGAAAGGGCUUGAUGAAUUCAGAAGUGAGAGUUUUGUGAUGGAGAAAGGCUCUCCUUUGGGAAGGCAUGUUCCGCAGCCGAUGAGGAUGGCAUCGAUAGGGCGGCCCCUGUACCAUAAGUUCACACUCGAGGACAUGGAGGAGGCGGCGAACAACUUUGAUCCAUCCAAUCUAGUGGGAGAAGGGCAGCUAUAUAAAGGAAGGCUGAGAGAUGGAUCUGUGGUGCUUGUGAAAUGCCUGCUGAAACGGAAGCAUUCUCCUCAAGCUCUGCAGCACCACAUGGAGGUGAUGUCCAAGCUGAAGCACUGGCAUUUGGUGAGGUGCUAGGCCACUGCAUUGUCCCACCAAAUUGGAACCUGCGUCGAUAACUAAAUCAUCAAGGAGAGGGGUAGUUUAAUCACGGUCGAUUUUGUUUCCUUCAUUCUCCAUUUCAACCAAACGCUGGAAAUUGGGCCAAACUCCUACGUGGGCUGAACCAAACACUCUACAAUUCUAUCCACCAAAUCAUGAAAUCCCAUUUACUAUAAACCCAUAUUAAAUAUUUUACUA